CAUGCUUUCAUUAAAUCGGUAAAACGUUUCACCGGUGCAUACCAAAGCGGUAAGGACCGCUUAGAUACGAUCUGGCAGCUUCAAUCAGUUGGGAGCUUCAAGACCUGGGAGGUGUUUUAAAAUACAUAGUAGUAUACAACCAUUUAAUUCUUUUCCAAAUUUGAGUCAAUAUGGCGCAAGUAAUAACCAACGCAGGCCAUGAUGAUAUGAUUGUGAGUAUUAUAAGUCAUCUCUUCUAUAUAUCGCAGGAACCUUCAUGCAUAUACAUGAAGCGCUCACACUAAUGUCAGUAAACUAAUUGGUUGUUAUAUAGCAUGAUGCAGCUUUAGAUUAUUAUGGUCGCAGACUCGCAACAUGUUCAUCGGAUCGCACCGUUAAGAUCUUUGAAAUCGAAGGAGAAACACAUCGCCUUACAGAAACACUAAAAGGGUAUGUUGUUCUUGUGAAUUCCUUCAAACAUUUCCAAUACGCGGGGCCUACAACCUUGCGCUCAACGCAUUACACAUAUCCCUUCACCUCACAUUUCACUGAUCUUCAUUAUGAUCUAUCUCCCGAACAUUCUAGCUAACAUAUCAAUUCCAUAGUCAUGAAGGAGCCAUCUGGUCCAUCUCCUGGGCCCAUCCAAAAUAUGGCAAUAUCCUCGCCUCCGCGGGCUACGACGGAAAAGUCCUCAUCUACCGCGAAACCUCCUCAGUUUGGACAAAAAUUUACGAUUUCGCCCUCCACACCGCUUCCGUUAAUUCCCUCUCCUGGUGUCCCCACGAAUCUGGAUGUCUUCUCGCAUGCGCUUCCUCGGAUGGAAACGUAUCGGUCUUAGAAUUCAAAGAUAAUUCUAUGGAUCACAAGAUUUUUCAUGCACAUGGUAUUGGCGUGAAUAGUGUUUCUUGGGCGCCAUCUUCGCAGCCAGGUAGUUUGGUGAGCGCCAAUGCGGGUGGAAAGGAGGGGGGCGUUAGGAGAUUUGUUACCGGAGGGAGUGAUAAUCUUUUGAGGAUAUGGGGAUGGGAUCAGGCUAGUUUGAGUUAUAAGGUUGAGGGUGCUCCAUUACAAGGGCACGGAGACUGGGUUAGAGAUGUUGCGUGGAGUCCUACUGUUUUGCAAAAGAGUAUGUUUCGCCCUCUGCCACUUUUUUUGCCCAUUAAUCUCUCCCUUCUAUGAAAAUUUAUCUCACACAACUAACACCCAAAAGGUUACAUAGCAUCUGCCUCCCAAGAUAAAACUGUCCGAAUCUGGACUUCUUCCGCAGCCAAUCCAGGCCAAUGGGAAUCCAAAGUCCUACAAUUCGAACGUGAAGUCUGGCGCGUGUCGUGGAGUUUAAGCGGGAACGUAUUAGCAGUCAGCGGGGGAGAUAAUAAAGUUUCUCUAUGGAAGGAGAAUCUGAGGGGCGAGUGGGAGUGCGUCAAGGAAAUCGAGGAAUAGACGCGGGAGAAGCGAAAGGAGGCAGUACAAGCGAAAGGAGGCAGUACAAGCGGAGAUGCGAUGAGGGUAGAAGAGAGGCGUUUUGGGUCGAAUAGGCAGACAGGCAAACAAACAUAACAUAACAUACAACAUGCAUACUGGCAGCCGGCUGGUAUGUGAAUGGAAAAUCAAAAGAAAGCAAGAAGGAAAGAAAGAACGAAACAUAAACACCUUAUGAUCUUAUCCCUUUGCGACAUCUGAUGUUUGUUAUGCAUGAACCUGUUACUCUACCAUUGGUUUUCCCUUGGUUAUAGGAUGUUAUCUUGAUCUUUCCAUUUAGCAACUGGCCUGUAUCUAUUCCUUUCUGUUCCAUCUUUAUUUUGAAAAACAGCUCUCAGCGAUAAGCAAGCAUCAAAUUAUCACCCGCAAUAGCAUGAGGAGCUACUUAGAUAUAAAUCUAUAUCUACAUCUUCACAUGCGCACAGCACAGCACAGCAUUAGGCGAGCAUGA